AACAGAUGCGCGGUUAUUGGCGAAAAAUCCCUCAUUAACUACGUCUGACUCUGAUCUAGUCCUGAGACAACCUUAAGCAAGAUGAGUGAGGAGGACGCACCGGCCGGAGAAACAGAGCUGGGCAUGGCACCAAUUGUUGACAUUCCUGGAGGCAGGGGAGAUAACCAAAGGCGGGUCCAGAGUCCUGCAGUCACCCCAGAGAACACAGAUGAUGAGGGAGAUCUGGAAGGAUCUGAGGUGUCUAGUAACCAUAGUAACCCAAUCUCAGCACGGGAACGACGACGGCGUAGAACCCAUGCCAAAGGGAAAAAUGGUCGCUCAGGAAUUGACAUGACUCCGCCAGAUAAAUUGUUACGAGAGGCCGGAAGGCGUGCCAGGAAAUAUGCCCAGCAGAAAAAGGUGGAUCAUUCCAUCCAUGAGUACAUCAGAUGUACAGCUCUGGCGCAGAUAGUGCAUGGUCCCAAUCACUGGAGAGUGGCCAAGUCAUACGCAGACCUGGGGGAGGCAUAUUUUACACAGAAGGGUUACACUGCCCAGACUCAGUACCACUGUGAGCGGGGACGUGACAUCAUGCUGAGUGGGGUACACACCUCAUCCUCAGACCAGGAGAAAGCUGACAUCUAUGCUACCCUGACCAAAAUUUACCUCACCUUGGGGAAAGCACUUACUCAGAUGAAGAAAUAUAAAGAAGCUGAACAGUCCCUCAAGAAAGCCGACAAAGUGAUCGGAGAGAGAGGCCAGCUGUCAUGUGUGAGUGACGAGGAAUGUGAUCAGGUGGAGAUAGAACUGUCAUUAGCUCAGGCCAGGUUGUUCAGCGCCCAGAAGAAGAUCGCCCUGGCACAGAGCCGGUACGGGGAGGGCCUGGAGCAGAUACAGCGCUCCCUGGGGGAUGAUCACAUUGACCUGAUUCCAGUCUACCAGGAAAUGGGCAAAUUGGAACAGAUGAAGGGGCGCCAUGCCAACCACGACCAUGCCAUUGAAAUGUUUCUACAGGCGCACUCAGUGGCAGCUGCAAAUUACAAGGAGGGAAGUUUGGAACUGCAGGACACGGCUCUUGCUGUCGCUAAGGCAUACGCAUCAACAGGCAAAGAGGAGGCAGAAGCCUCCGCGGAGAGUUACCUGAUCGAAUGCUUGGCUGUCUGCACCACAGGCUUUGGCCCUGGACAUCCCAAGACUUUACAGGUGCAGGACGAGCUAGCCAGGCUGUAUGGACGGACGGACAGACAGGAGGAGGCGCUUUCAAUUCUCCGCUCCACCUUACCCCACAAGUGUGAGGCGUUUGGGGAUUACUCAGAGCAGGUGUCUGACACACACAAGCUGAUGGCCUCUAUCCACCUCUCCCAGGGAAACAUUGAGCGUGCUCUCCGUUUUUACAAAAAGUGUCACAAUGUGGAGAGUUUGGUGUUGGGGACGAAUCAUAGGAAAACCAAAGACACGCAGCGCACAAUGGACAUUUUGAUGGCAAGCCCAAACAUUUCCCAUAAGUUUGUGUUGUCCAAACAAGACGAGCUUGAUAAACGGCCAAGAUUCAACGCAGUUGUCAACAGAAGCAGUCCCGUGGUUGGAACAAAAUCUUAAAAUGUAUUUUUUCUAAACUGGACUAUGUGAAAUUGAUAUAUUUAUAAACAUAUUUAUUUACAUCACUUUAGAUAUACUUCUUACAUUCCCAUCCUGAAGUUAACAUUUUGAGUUUCAACUUAGUGAAGUAAAAUUUUACCAUCUGUAGUUAGUUUAAAAACCAUUUUCAUGGGCUAUAAAAGUAGUGGUACAACAGGAGAAGCAACACAACAUGUGGUUAACCAAAACUUGGUUUCGUGAUUAAAUAUGUGUAGUUGGCAGAGUUUUGGCACAGCACCAUUUUCUGUUCAUACAUCAGAGGGUUAUUUUUACAGCGAGCAUAAUAACAAAUGUUAUUGCAUUACCUGAUGAUUUUUAGAGCAUUUUAAUCUGAAAUUCGCCUGGCAACGCAUCCACACAUUUUACCGUGUUACAGUUGAGACUUGUAAUAAGAUUUUCUGGUGAUUUUGGUAUGUCUUAAUCUGACAUUC